AUGAGUUUAUGCUUUGGAGGUGGAAAACCUGAAUUGAUUGGCUACACAGAUGCAGACAUGGCAGGAGAUCUUGAUUCCAGAAAAUCUACUUCAGGAUACCUGAUUACAUUUUCAGGGGGAGCAGUUUCGUGGCAAUCAAAGCUACAUAAAUGUGUUGCUCUAUCAACUACAGAGGCAGAGUUUAUUGCAGCUACUGAAGCGUGCAAAGAAAUGCUCUGGAUGAAGCGAUUCCUACAAGAAUUAGGACAAGAGCAGCAUAAAUAUAUUUUGCAUUGUGAUAGUCAGAGUGCGAUCCACUUGAGUAAGAAUCUGAGUUUUCACUCGAGGUCGAAGCACAUUGAUGUGCGAUAUCACUGGAUACGUGAUGUAUUGGAGUCUAAGCAAUUACAGCUUGAGAAAAUCCAUAUUGAUGACAAUAGUUCAGAUAUGAUGACCAAGUCCUUACCUAAGGACAAGUACGAAUUUUGCAGAGGAGCAGCUGGACUGCUGGAGCCCUCCACCUAA